ACUAAUGAAAGAAGUAAAUAUGGAGUCCCAAAUAGAGCAAAGCAGGCUUUCUCGAGCAGAGAGAAAAGCGCUUGAGAAAGCUAAACUCAUUCAGAAGGAGACUCAGAGAAGUAAUUUCCAACUGGUGGCCAGGAUAUUAAAGAAACCUGAACGCGAGCGAACCGAAGAGGAGUGCGCUUUACUUCAGGGGCAUCAAGACACAGUGCAAGAGCUGUGCAAACGCCAGGCUCGGAGAAACAUCCUGAAACAGAAACAGGAAGAGCUCUUUGAUAAAGAGGAGGAUCUGAGGGCCAAAGUGAAGCAUCUGGCCGAAGCGUUGCGUCAUGCCCGCCAUGUUGCCGUUUACACAGGAGCCGGGAUCAGCACGGCUGCUUCCAUCCCGGAUUAUCGCGGGCCUAACGGAGUGUGGACUCAGCUGCAGAAGGGGCGCGCUGUCAGGCACUCUGACCUCAGUGAAGCAGAACCGACUCUUACUCACAUGUGUAUCCAGAUGUUACACAAAGUCAAAUUGGUUCAACACGUGGUUUCUCAGAACUGUGACGGUCUCCAUUUGCGCAGCGGGCUUCCCAGACACGCCUUGUCUGAGCUGCAUGGGAACAUGUUCAUCGAGGUGUGUGUGUCGUGCUCUCCGGUUCGAGAGGUGAUCCGUCUGUUCGAUGUGACAGAGCGCACGGGGCUUCACAGACACGCUACAGGCCGGCGGUGCGCCCACUGUGGAGGGGAGCUGAGGGACACCAUAGUGCACUUCGGUGAGAGAGGAACCCUGGAGCAGCCGUUAAACUGGAAAGGCGCAGCCGAGACGGCAGAGAUGGCCGAUCUCAUCCUCUGUCUCGGCUCCAGUCUGAAGGUCCUGAAGAAGUACGCAUGCUUGUGGUGCAUGAAAAAAACAGCUGCUAAGAGACCGAAGCUAUACAUCGUCAACCUUCAGUGGACACCAAAAGAUGACCUGGCCACUCUGAAAAUACAUGGAAAGUGUGAUGAUGUGAUGCGUCUCCUGAUGGAAGAGUUGGGAGUUGGAAUUCCGACCUACAACAGAUCCGACGAUCCCAUCUUCAGCUUAUCCACCCCUCUCAGGCCGGACGAAGAGGACAGCCACAGUCGUAAAACUUUAGCGCCCCCUGCUGCUUCGGAGCGGUCCGAGUCCGAUUCGGCGAGUCAAGCCGAAGAGCCGGGGGUACAGGGUGGCUGGUUUGGACGAGGCUACUCUAAAGCGAGGAAGAAAAGAAAAACUACAUAGUGACUUGUCUUUUAGAUUCAGGGUAGCUUUAAAGAAACAUUCCAUCCACAAUCCAUAUUAUUAUGAUUAUCCCGCCAAUCGAGAUACUUUGGAAUAUUAUAAACGAGACAAUUCAGUCACUUGGAUGACUGAAAAUUAUUUACUAAGCAGAAUGCCAUGAAAUGCCAUGAUGGAUAAUAUACACAGACUUUCAUACUACGUCUAUGAGGUAUAUUUGUUAUUCACAUUAAGGUAUUUGAUGAAAGGACUUUUAUUUUCUUUCUUUCUUUCUUUCUUUCUUUUUUAAAUUCACUUAAUUUCAAGGAAAGAAAGCAAAAGUAAUCAUGCGUUCAGGUUAAAUUCAGAUAAACCAUCCAAAACCUCACUAUAAAGUACAUUUUCUGCUGUAAGGAAUCCGUUUUAAUGCUGUGUGGAAUGUUUCUUUAAGAUAUUAAUUGCAUUAAGACUGACCAUGCCAGUUUUUUUCAGUAUUAGUCUCUCGCACCUUACGUUCGUUCUCUCAGGUAUUAAGCAGAACUCUGUGUUCAGUUCUACUUAGAAUCACUGCAGAACUCUUAAGAAGUUAAACAAAGUCUAAUUCUGACUCCUGUGUGCUGAAGUUUUGGUUUACUUGCUUCACCACAUCUAGACUGUACGAGGUCAGAAAAUGAGAGAAAUCUGUAGUACAGAUUUUAUAGAAGUAGCUUGCUAUUUAAAACGAUUUCUACACUCAAAGAGGAAGACUGUUUAUGAAUAACGUACAGCAUAACGUACAGCAGACGUCAUCCAGUUGACUGCUUUAGUAUAUAUGUUUCCCUGUCAGCCACAGUGGCUACAAGGUGGAGGGAAUGUGGUCAUUUUAUUGCUUCCAACCAAUUUUUUUUAUUUUUCAAGAUGAGCGCUUCCAAAUUUAAAAAAAGCUUUUGUAAAUUUUCUUUUCAGAAAUGAACCAAUAAUGUUCUUAUUUUUAAACCUCACUCAAAGCUAAAAUUGUGGGAGGCAAAAGAGGAAAUGGUGAUGAUGGAUGGAUAGAGAGAGGAAUGGAUGAAUAGAGAGAGGGGGGGAUGGCUUGAUGGAUAAAGAGAGAGAAAGAGAGAGUGAUGGCUGGAUGGAUAGAGAGAGGUGGAUGGCUAGAUGGAUGGCUGGAUGGAUAGAGAGAGAGAGGGAUGGCUGGAUGGAUAGAGAGAGGGGGAUGGCUGGAUGGAUAGAGAGAGGGAUGGCUGGAUGGAUAGAGAGAGAGAGGAGCGAUGGCUGAAUGGAUAGAGAGAGGAGCGAUGGCUGAAUGGAUAGAGAGAGAGGGAUGGCUGGAUGGAGAGAGAGAGAGAGAGAAGGAUGGAUUGCUAGAUUAAAUAUAUCUAAUCUUGAAUUUUGUAUUCUAUUAAUCUUUAUAUUAUUCUUUUAACCUUUUGUUCUGUGUUUAUAUUCUGUAAAGCUGCUUUGAGACUCAACUGUAAAAAGCACUAUACAAAUAAAUGUGAAUUGAAUUGAACAGAUGGAUAUAGAGAGGGAGGGAGGGACGGAUGGAUAGAGAGAUGGAUGGGUGAAUAAAGAUGGAUAGAGCGGGUGGA